AUGUACGUAGCUGGUGAGGGGGGAGUGUUAGCGCCUGUAGAGCGUGGUGGAAGCACACAAUAUCGAUGUUCUGAAGGCAAUUUCAAAUGCGACUCAAUUUUCUGCUUUAGACCUCCCAUGAGAUGUGAUGGCAGUCUUGACUGUACUGACCUGUCAGAUGAACUCAAUUGCUCUAGUUGCGAAGGAGGCGCUUUCAAAUGUUUUAGUAAUGAUCUUAACUGCAUCAAUAAAAACAACAGAUGUAACGGAAAAACAGAUUGUUUGAAAAACGAGGAUGAAGAAAACUGCACAAGUUGUAAUCAGGGCGGUUUCUAUUGCGGAAAUGGAAAAUGUAUCUCAGAAGAUGAGAGAUGUGACGGCUCUCCUAACUGUAAAGAUAGAUCCGACGAACGGAAUUGUCCCUUUUGUAAAGGUAAAGCUCUCGACUGUUUAGACGGUUAUUGCGUCAACCGGUAUUCGAAGUGUGAUGGCAUACCUGACUGUGCAACCGGAGCUGAUGAAAUAAAUUGUCGGAGCUGUAAACGUAAUCAAUUCGGCUGUUAUGGUCUUUGCCUCAAUAAAAAUCGUGAAUGUAACGGAAAAAAAGACUGUCAUAGCGGAAUAGAUGAACUUGGUUGUACCAGAUGUAAUGGUAAAGCUUUCUUCUGUGGUAACGGGGUUUGCAUCCCACGUCAUUUUAGAUGUAAUGGCAGCCCGGACUGCUCUGAUGGACGUGAUGAACUAAAUUGUACACGUUGCAAUGAUGACGCUUUCUUUUGUGGGAGAGAACUUGGUUGUAUUCUUCAAAUUAAAAGAUGUGAUCUCGUAGAUGACUGUAGUAACAACAAAGAUGAAGCCAGUUGUGAUCCUAAACAGAAUUUCAAAGAAAAAUUCUACUACACUCUCUCGGAUAACGGCAUACAGUCUAUAGAAGAGCGGUUCAAGGGAGUUUAG